AUGUCGCUGCCACCGGGGACCAGCCUGGGCUGCUUUCACCAAAAGGUCCUUGUUCCCCCCAAGGCUGCAGCAGUCUCCAAGAUUCUUCAUUGGACCAGUCCCCAGGAAUGCCGUGGGCUGGUGCCAAGAGUCCAUCGUUUGCUGGCCAGUAAUUCCGAUAAAUCAGGCAACGAACCCAACAAGAACGACAAUGGGGGCAGUACAGGCUCAUCAGGCCGUGCUGGCCCUGAUCUGCUGGCGGCAGGCUUGCGAGAGGCUGAAGAGGUUUAUCGCCAGGCACACAGGAUGGCACUGCAGUUGACGCGCAAGCGAUUGGAAGAGCAGGAAAUGCACGAUUUUCACCGCUCCCAAAGGUCUGGGCACAAUGCAGCGCCAGACAGGCCAACAUCUGAACCUGAAACAACUGGCAGAACCAGUAGUGACACUGCAAGUUGUGUCGAUUCGCAAAGGCCAAAUCCAGCACAAUGGCAUGAAGAGCGGCUGGUUCAACUUCUGCAGUCGAAAGGCGCUUCCAGAUUCGUUGGCGAGGAGAUCGCUCGACAGCUUGGCAGGGACUGCAGCCCAUACCUGGAUGGUGAUCUGCUUGCAUCCAAACUUGAAAGGCUGGAAGGCAUCCUUCCUGAUGUAGACGUCAUCGAGCUCUUGGCUAAGGACGCCUCUCUGCUGGAUGUUGAUCUGUACCUGGCCGUGCAGAACAUGGUUGCAUUGUGUGACCAUUUGCAAGGGAAUAGUGUGACGGGUGUGAUCAGAAGCUGCCCCAAACUCCUGAGGUGCACAGAUCUGGAUGGCCAGCUGUGCCGAGUGAUGCAAAAGCUAGAGAGCCUGUUGCCGAGAUGGAAGCGGACGAUGCUAGUGAACCUUGUCAGCGAAUAUCCGGAACUCAUCUUCCGGCUGCACUUGCACCUGGACAAGUCGUUCAGCGAGCUUCCAAUCGACAUACAGAACGUCCUGGCCAUUGGGGGUGGAGGCGGCGGCUCCGUGUUCAGGAGCUGGAAAAAGAGCAGUUUGGACGACCAAACGCCAGGGCAGCAGAGCACUUGA